CUUACAAUACAUUCUAUAAAAACCGAAACCCUAAAAUAUUUUCAGUCUUUGCGUAUAUCCCUUGCUCACUCACUGCAAUCGCCGCUGCCGUUUCUUUGCUCUUACAGCAUCUAGAUUUUGUGAGAAUGGUGAGAGUUAGUGUUCUUAACGAUGCUCUUAAGAGCAUGUACAACGCUGAAAAGAGGGGAAAGAGACAAGUUAUGAUCAGGCCUUCUUCAAAAGUGAUCAUCAAGUUUCUCAUGGUCAUGCAAAAGCAUGGUUACAUUGGUGAGUUUGAGUACGUUGAUGACCACAGGUCAGGAAAGAUCGUUGUCGAACUGAAUGGACGCUUAAACAAGUGCGGGGUCAUUAGUCCUCGAUUUGAUGUCGGCGUCAAGGAGAUUGAACCAUGGACCGCUAGACUUUUACCUUCCAGACAGUUCGGGUACAUAGUUUUGACUACAUCAGCUGGUAUCAUGGACCACGAGGAAGCAAGGAGGAAGAAUGUGGGUGGCAAAGUUCUUGGGUUCUUCUAUUAAAUCUCGAGAUGUUGAUCUAAUGCUAUUUUAGGCUAGGGCUUGAAUGACAUUUGUGUUUAUCUGUUCGAGAUUGGAUUUUUGUUAAAGGGAGAUUGUGGUUCUGGUUUGGUUUAUCUUUUGAAGUUGUCAUGUUGAAGACAUUUUUUCUAUCUUAGGUUUCAUAUAUCUGCCAUCAUCAUUUAUCACCCCUCUUUUGGAUCAAGUAUCUGUUACCUUUUUAUAUUGAAGACUUCUUAUUUA